AUUUUACAGCCACUGGCAAGAUACCUAAAGUUGAAUGCCGUGAACAUUGAAAAGUUUCCUGAGAGUGCAUGGAAGCUGACUUACUACAUCAUCAUAUGCUCCUACUUGUUCCAUGUCAUGGUUUGGUCUGGACAGAACGAUAUCGUUCAGAAGCCUUACAACAUUUGGAAUGAUUACUACAGCCAGAAAAAUGUACCGUUGGAUAUCGGGUUGGCAUUUCUUCUAGAGUUCUCCUACUACUUGCACUCCUUGUACGGCACGCUCUACCUGGAUAGCUGGAGGAAGGACUCGCCAAUCAUGUUGUUCCAUCACCUCCUCUGCUUGCUACUCAUCGGGUUUUCGUACGCCACUAGGUACCACAAAGUAGGUAUUUUGCUGAUGUUCGUUCACGAUUACUGUGAUGUCUUUCUAGAAUUUUCCAAAUGCCAAGUCUACAUGAAGUACAGAAAUGGUAAAUACCACCGUCUGAACGACAUCAUAGCCACCUUCAGCUUCCUCCUCUUCACCAUUCUCUGGUUUGUCGGCCGCCUCUACUACUUCCCAAUCAUGGUCAUCCGGUCCAGUAGCUACUCGACCAUGUCCUCUAGCGUCAGUCAGCCUCUGCCAUUCUAUCUCCUAUUCAAUGUUCUACUGUGGUUUAUGCUGGCCCUCAACGUCUACUGGUUCAUUGUGAGUUUUCCUGUUUUAAUUUUUUAA